AUCGAAAAACUCUGGAUAUCUUACGAAAUUCGUCCUCAGUAUUUGGCUUAUAGUCAUAGGACUGGCAAACUCUGGCCAGUCUAUGAAAUUCAUCCCUUAGUUCAUAAAGUGAAUAGAUAUCCUGAUAGUACCUGUUUAGUUCAUGGUCCUGUUUUAAAUAAUAUUGCCGAAAAGCAUUUAAGAAAGCUUUAUGGUGAUAUAACAUAG